GGCGCGUGGCGGCGGCGGCGGCGGCAGGAGCGAGCCGGGCCGGGCCGGGCCGGGCCGGGCGGGACGCAGCCAUGCGGUGGCCGGGCUGAGCCCCCCGCGCUGCCCCGCGCCAUGAAGCGGCAGAACCUGCGCACGGCGUCGCUGAUCCUCUGCAUCUUCUCCUACCUGCUGGUGGGCGCCGCCGUCUUCGAUGCGCUGGAGUCGGAGGCCGAGACGGGCCGCAAGCGGCUGCUGGAGCAGAAGCGCGGGGAGCUGCGCAGGAAGUACCGCUUCUCGGCCGACGACUACCGCGAGCUCGAGCGCCUCGUGCUGCAGGCCGAGCCGCACCGCGCCGGCCGCCAGUGGAAGUUCGCCGGCUCCUUCUACUUCGCCAUCACCGUCAUCACCACCAUCGGUUAUGGGCAUGCUGCUCCCGGCACAGAUGCUGGCAAAGUUUUCUGCAUGUUCUAUGCAAUCCUUGGCAUCCCCCUCACCCUGGUUAUGUUCCAAAGUCUUGGGGAACGCAUGAACACAGUCGUCCGGCUGCUGCUGAAGAAAAUUAAGAAGUGUCUGGGCAUGAAGACCACUAAAGUCUCCAUGGAAAACAUGGUGUUGGUUGGCUUCCUCUCCUGCAUGGGCACACUGUGCAUUGGAGCAGCUGCCUUCUCCUAUUUUGAAGGGUGGACCUUUUUUCACGCUUAUUACUACUGCUUCAUAACCCUGACCACUAUUGGGUUUGGGGACUUCGUGGCUCUGCAGAAGAACGAAGCUUUGCAGAAGAAGCCGCCCUACGUGGCUUUCAGCUUCAUGUACAUUUUAGUUGGUCUGACAGUGAUUGGAGCCUUCCUUAACUUGGUUGUUCUUAGGUUUUUGACCAUGAACUCAGAAGAUGAGAGACGAGAUGCAGAAGAGAGGGCAUCGCUGAGGAGAGCCAGGAACAAUGUCCACCUGAAAGAAGACAGUAAGAGCAGAAAUGCUAUUUUUCUACCCAUAGAAGACAGGACGAGCCAGAUGAACCUCAUCCCGUUGAUCCAGGAAGACACUGACAGACAGAGGCGCCAGUCUUCAAAUUCUGCAGCCAGGGUCCCUUCCUUCUGCACGUGCCUGUGUUACAGACCUCGGCUAUGUGGAAGCCCUGCACCCUCCCAUCCCGAGACCCUCAGCUGCCACACCAACCCCGUGUACUAUAAUUCCAUUUCUUACAAAAUUGACGAGGUUUCCCUGAGCACCAGGGAUCAAACUGGGUUCUCUUCCCCAGGGAGCACGUUAUCCUCCAACAGCCCCAGCUGCAGGGGUCACUCCCGCCUCCGGAGGAAAUCUAUCUGAAGAGGGAAUUUUUACUCUGAACUGUAUUCUGCUCCUGCAGUCAUAUUUUGAUGAUAAAUUAUUAACUGAGCUGUCAGCUCAUUGUUAUUGCUCUCAUUUCUUCUCCUCUGCCCCACUCCCUUUUAGAUCAGCUUCAACUCUAGCAGCUGCCAGCCAGCUACACUAUGUGCUGUCCAGAAGCAUCUUUUAAAUACUGCUGAUGACUAAUCAUCUCUUUUAGCAGGGUACAAGGUCAAAUCAAGUUACAUAUUUUUUGCAGUUGGCUGAAGCAUUCAGAAUUCAAAUGAAAGAGUGCACAAAGUGUAGGAGUGGGUCUCGUGUCUAGGGUGGAAUUGCUGCUUUGGAUUUGCUUUAUAAGAACAAACAGACCCCAAAUCGCAUCACGGUAAUGGGUUUUGGUUAACCCUUAGGCUGCCAGUAGUUAAUGGUGUAAGUCUAGAACCAAACAGGCUGAAAGAUUUGAUCCAAAAAUUCACUGCAAAAAUACUGAACUCACAGUCCGACUAGGGACAAACUCAUAUAAUAUAUUUGGACUCUUCCCCAAACUGGAAAUAUGUAGUGGUUUAGGUUUGCGACUAAUCAUUUGUAUUUGAGGUGAUAAUAACAAAAGAAUCUCUCAAAGCAAACUCCAAACAGUAUGUAAGUGCAGGCAGCAAAGCUGGCAGAAGCGCACAGCAAGGAAGAGGACAGAUCACAAAGCACAGUACAAUGGCCAAGCUGCAGAGUUUAGUGGUGUUGCGUUUGCUGUGUGGGGGUGGAGUUGUGGGGAGAAUAUUCAGUUUCUGUGUCACAGUUCAGGCCAUUUAAAUGACAUUCUUAGUUCCCAUUUUAAGCACCUGUCCUGAGGCUUGAUAGUGCACCAACCAGCUGAACCAUAAGCCAGGUGGACCAACUGCUUUUAGUUGGAAUCUUACUAUGGACCUCAAGCUCUGAGCAGUCAGUGUUUGAUUGCAGUGUUCUGAUUUCAAGGGGACACCUGGAGAUCUUGCACAACGAGACUGAGUGAAACGCACAAACCAUCCUGGUCCCUCUGACCCCUUCCCCUGUGAUGGGUACUGGGUGACAGUGUGGGGAGCAAGAUGGGCUAGAAUUGGGUGUGUUAGGGUUUCAAAUCUACAUUUAGUUGAAGGUUAACAAGAUUGGGGAACGUGCCUUUUUCUGCCCUAAAUGCACCUAGCCCCUGCCUUUUGGUCUGAGGGCCAAACCUGUCUUCAAGGUCUUAAAAGCUCCAUUAACCUUGCUGGUCUAAGUGGGGGUCGGGGGGCAGGGAUGCAGAUUGUAACACUCACUGUAUCUCUCUUGUCACAGUUUCUGUUUUCCCACUUUCAGCUAUGCCCCCAGCACUCAGCACCAGAGUUUAUGGUUCUUAAUCAUUCUCAGUUACAAGAACCCUUCAGUUCCUGCUCACUGUCCUUUGUGCCCCUGGCAGCAACCAAGGGUAAACAGGGUGGGGUCUCUGCUCCAGAUCCAGCUCCAGUUUCCAGACGGAAAGCCAGGGUGCACCACGCUGCAUCGUCCCACCAUGGAGUCACCUCAAAAACUUCACUUUAAUUCCAACAUAUGAGCUUCUCCCCUUGCUGUGUUUUGCGUGGUACUUGCUGGGAGGUAUCUUUGGAACAGACGAGCUCUUGUGCGGUGAAUGAAACCACCUGGGAGCCGUAGUCUGGAGUACAGACUUCCGAGUGAUGAGAGCCAUUUUGCACUAAAGGCAAGUCUGAUGAAGCACCCAAAAGCUGCCUAAUCUCAUGGAGGGCCCAGAACUGCAACCUAUAUCCCUGUGUUCUGCCUCUUUCUCCCAGAAAAGGAUCUCUGCUUGCUCCCUCAGUGAGACUCGGGUGUAACUGGUGUAAAUUGGCAAAGCUUUGAUUUCACAGGAUGUUUGGUGGAGUUGAGCUUCUGGCUCUUGGUCUGCUGGGACUCCGGUGUACUCCCCACUUCCUUUUUCUCUUGCAACUGUCUUGGAGAGCCAUGGUCCUCACUAGAGCGGACAUGGGAAGAGGUAAGAGGACCUGGGUCCUGACUCCGGUUGUAUUCCUUCCUAUCAGGUGUGGGCACGGGUCCCUGCCUUUGCAGGGCUCAGUACAUCAGCUGUUCCAAGGAGGGCAAGAGGCUCCAGGCUGCUUCUCAGAAGAGCAAAGGAAGGGUGUCCCUCUUGAUUGGCACCAACCAGUAUUUGGCACCAACCAAUUAUUAAUGAGCCCUCCAUUGUUGGUCUCAGUGAUGCCAGAGCAGGAGGCCUCCAGCUCAGGCUGCAAAAGGCUUCCUUUUUCCUGCCCAGAGCAGCAGUGCAGCACAAGGUCAGGCAUUUGGACAGUCUCCUUACCCUUGCAAUCCUCCUGAGGGAUGACCUUUCACUUGAAUGAGGAGCUCCCUCUCCUUCCAUCCCAAUAUGGGCUGGUGAAGCCCUUGUGACCUUUUUUCCUCUACCAUCCUCUCCAGCACUUUGGAAGCCAUCUUAAUGUCCUGAGAUUUCCACUAGGAAUACCCCCCCCCCCCCCCCCCCGGGUCAUCUUUCUUUGCUCAGCUUUCUCCUAAGGAGGGGAAAGAAUUGAAAAUGGGUAGAGGGAAAACCAAAGAACUUGGCAUGAGGUUUUGCCCUCUCCCUGGGAGACCUCUGGAACUAGAGCAUUGAGUGGGCAGGGAGGCAGGGCUAUGAAAUUUAGGAUUAUAGAUCUUCAAAAGGAAGUCCCUACCGCCCUUGAGCUAGUGGAAUAAGACUGCAGGAGCUGAGGGGCCUGAAAGUCCCAUGGCAAUGAAGAAGCACAAAGGGGAGUUGGUCUGUUGUUCAAACACCAAUCCUCUGCAUAGUCCAUGGUAAGAAAGCCUAACUCAGCUGUUACAUAAAGUAUUCAUAAAAUCAGUCAGUUAGAAAGCCUGGUUUAAUCCAAAUCAAAGGCCAAGUGUUCCUACCCAAGGACCAUGCUAAAGUCAUGUCUGGUCAACCAGAGGAGUGCAGGCCUAGCAAUCAGUGCACCAAAAUAAAAGCAUCAGGAAUUAGAGAACAAAACUGCCCAUCACUCACUUUUUGAGCUAAAUUAUUUGGCAUUGAAACCAGGAAGAACAAACAGGCUAAAAGAAGGGAGCUUUGCCAUCACAGCUCCUGUCCCUUCCCAUCUCCUGGGACCCACCCUAACACCUUUGGGCCUUUGUCAUUGUGAUCUUGAGAGUUGGCCAGGCCAUUCUGAGCCCAAGGGAGGGACCCAGGUGACUGCCAUCUCCAGUAACUGUAACUCGGCCCUGAGAAAUGCCUGGAUUGGGAGACUUGGGUUCCUUCCAUCACCCUUUCCCUUGUGUCUCCUUUUCCUUCCCUUCCCUGUUUCUUCUUUCUUUCCUAUCCUUCAGCUAACGGAGUCAGGAUUACCCAGCCAUUUUGUGUAACACUGCGGUGGGGCUAUCUAAAGGCAGCUCAAAAGCAGUGUCCUGCACCACCCCAUGGUGAUAAGAGCGUCCAAUAAGGCUGCGUGCUGGGCUGGGCCUCUUGCUGCAAGGUUGCAAGAGCAUCAGAAAGAAAAACUGCAUUUUUCUGGUUCUGGUAUUUUCUUUCUCCUUUUUUGUCUUAUUUAGUUUUCAAGGAAACAGGCUCAGAUUCGACCAACAAUAACGACCAUGGCAUCUCUUGCAACUAACUUCUUUCAGUUUCUACCAUUUAAAAGAUCUUCUAAAAGACAGCCAAAUGGGAGGAGGGAGGGGAUUUUCCUCUGUAACCAUGGGGAAAGGGAAUAAAGGAACUGCUAAAAUGAAAGCCUUAAUUGAUCAUGUGUAUUUAAAUGCUUUGCCUGUUUCUCUCCUUUUUUCUCUGUAUCUUUAAUAAAAGGUUUUUCACGGUG